AUGGGGCGAGACGAAGCUACGGACUCUAGCGACUCUAGUGAUCACGACUGGGAUGGUGGACUGGAAGGAGCUCGCCUCUACCUUGGGGCCGCUGGGCUCUACGUGGCUCUAUUUCUGACGGGACUCGAGACAACAAUCGUGGGCACCACGCUUGUUGCCAUCACAGAUGACCUACAAGGUUUUGGAAAAAGCAGCUGGAUCAUCACAUCCUACCUUCUAACAUAUGCUGGCUUUCUCAUGCUUUGGUCUAAAGCUGGUGAUAUCUGGGGAUUGCGGCCUACGUUGCUGACUUCUCUCGCCCUCUUCACCGCAUUUUCUGGCGGUUGUGGUGGCGCGCAGAGCCUGUCCCAACUGAUCAUUUGCCGGGCCUUCCAAGGCAUAGGCGCAGCCGGGAUAUACGGUUUGGUCCUAUUCUCCCUGAUACGCAUGGUUCCCAAAAGCCAAUAUGCCACCGUCACCAGCGUGUCCGGGGUUGUGGCAUCGUUGGGAUUGCUCAUGGGCCCCUUGUUCGGAGGCGCAAUCACGCAGCACGGGGGCUGGCGCUGGGUUUUUCUCCUAAAUGUUCCAGCCGGUGCCUUGUCCUGGGGACUGAUCUGUUUUGCACUGCCGUCAGGGUUCCCGAUCCCACCGGGUACUGAAAGUCCAGCACUAGGGCCUUCCUCAUUCUGGACCCGACAAAGUGUAUUAGUUCGCCAGAUUGAUUUUAUUGGGGCUAUUCUGGUCCUUGGUGCAUCCGUCUUCAUGGUUGCCGCCUUACAAGAAGGAAACUAUGAUUUUGGCUGGGGUUCCAGCGCGGUAAUCACUUUCUUCGUGCUUUCGGGACUCUCCUUCCCACUUUUCCUAUGGUGGCAGUGGUUUCUCAGUAAACGGAAUUCCGCCACCCAGCCAAUUUUGCCUUGGCGACUGCUUGUCAAUCGCCUUUUCCUGGGAACUAUCCUUGGGUCUUUGACCACAGGCGCCACCCUGACAGUAAGCGUUGUUGUGAUCCCACAGCGGUUCCAGGUUGUGAAUAGCAGCUCACCUCUCGGAGCUGGGGUGAAACUUCUAGCCUUCGCCGUCAGCGUCCCUGUCGGCAUGAUGCUCUGCUCUAUCGUAACCGGCCGACUUCCAGUGCCCCUUGUUUACCUUGGAGUUGCCGGUAUGUGUUUGCAAGUUGUCGGCUUUUUCCUCUACUCGAGCAUACCACCUGAGACCCAUCUCUGGCCUGGUCAGUUUGCCUAUCUCGUCCUGGCGGGGCUGGGUACUGGUCUCGGGGUCGCUACCUUUUAUCUUCUGCUGCCACUGAUCGUGUCAAUCCCGGACCAGUCCAUUACGAUAGGAACGGGAUUCCAACUGCGCAUGCUUGGCGGUGCUCUUGGGAUCGCGGCGGCGACAGCCAUUCUACACAGCUAUACUCGAACUCAUCUCGCAUCAUUUCUUCCCACAGAUGAGGUAGAUGCACUUUCCGUAUCCAGCCAGAUGAUUGAUACCCUGAUCCCUGAGAUGGGGGUAAGGGUGCGUGAGGUUUAUGCCGAAGCGUACAGUGAGCAGAUGAAGCUGGUCGGCGCGUUUUCGGCCGCCCAAAUUUUCGCCCUGGGGCUGCUGUGGAAGCGGGAAAACGUGCGAAUUCUCAAAAGAUGAACACGGUGCUUGGGCUAGUUAAACUGGCAUUAACUUGUGCAAGGAGCAUGAUUGAGUGAAUGGAUAUUGCAGGACCGAUUCUUCAUCCCUUGCCAAACAACAAGGGAUGUUCAGCCGGGCAACGGCGCC